AUGCCCACACUUCAACUACAUCAGUACGAAGAAACGUACAAAACCCUCACCAUAGUGUGCGCUUUAAAGCAACUCACGGUUAGAGAUCGAGAGCGAAACGAGUAUGGACCAACGUUGAGUGAGAUACUAUUGUUUCGUAUGCCUUUGUACCUGGACACAGGUCAGAAGUUAGGAAAAAUACGAAGCGCUCAGAAUUGGAUAAACAACAUCGAGGCAAUACUCACUCUGUUUUGUGCAAAAAAGAUCGACCUCUUGGUAGCUGUGAGACACGAUCUCGGAAGCAGUUUGUUGUCGUACGUUUUCGUCGAAGGUCAGAACGCGAUGAUCAAUAGUUUGGUAUCGAACGUACCUUUUCCGAACCUCGCCAAGUUGUCGAUAUUACGUGGAUUUUUCACAUACACGUCCGCGAAGCAGUUUUGUGAUCAACAAGAACUCCAGACCAUGACUUCAACGAUAUUGACUACAGAGUAUGCAUCAGAAGGCUGCAUCACAAAACAUUUGUCAAACGCAUCUAGCAGUGCAAUCCCUACUGCACUUGAGCAGGAUAAAUCAUCGACAUCGUCAAAAUUUUCCCGCAACACCAAUCAUUUCUUGCUGGUGUCCUGCUGGGACUUUAGCGUCCGGUCGCACGACGUUGUAAACAACGUCCUGCGCCAGAAGUACUAUCACGACGCGCCGUUUUUGGAUUGCCCUUUUUACUAUUCGGUCCAUACGGUCAGCGCCGGUUUGGACAACCUAGUUGAACUGUCCGAUUUGAACGAAUACGCCGAGAGCUUUGUCGGAAGUCACGACGCUGGAGUGGUGAUGGCUACAUCGGAGCGGAAGGAUCUGAGCUCGUAUUUACCCAGCAUAGGUCAGCAUCUAACCCAGAGGGAAUUCACGCUCAAGCUCCAGAUCCAUGCUAUCCGGUGCUCCCCGAAUGUGAAGCGGUACAUGAUAAGUUGGACCGAGGGUCGGGUGGCUGGGGUGUAUCUCGACGUGGAAGUGCAAAAGAAGAAAGUCGCCUUCAAGUGCCACCGCUCUAAGGAGAACAACAUCGAGCUGAUCUGCACAGUCAAUGCGGUCAGUUUCAACAACGUAUACAACACAUUCGAUACCGGUGGUUCCGAUUGGUAUGGAAACGAUCUUGGAGGACAAGCAUCGUCUAGAGAUUCCCAACUGGUUUGCGCUACCUCGAACCAAGGAGUUUGCUCUCACGUCCCACGGAGACAGAUUCGAACACAAUGCUAUCCUGAAAAGCUUGAAGAAGAGAAGUAAGGAUGAGGACUACGGGUUGAUAACGUUUUACAAAGCUGCGAAGGCCAAGUUCAUGCACCAACCGCCGUUAUUAAGAGGAAUAGAACUUGAAAAGCUGUCGCCGUCAUCAGAGAAAGUGGAACCUUCUAAAGAAACUUGGGACAGUGGCGGAAAUUACUUUGAAAUGGAGGAUAAAUCUUUGAUGCUCAACUGUAAGCUUUCACGGACUAGCGCGGCGCCCUUCUUCGGUCAACUUUUGCUACAUGUCCAAAGUUAUUACAGGAGUUCGAACGGCGAUAUUUCAGAUUGCCGAGAUAACAGUGCAAGUGAACGGUAUUUUGAAGAAUAUGAUGUCCUUGAACUAGUGAGUGAAUUUUCCGCGAAGGCUAUACGUGUCAACGGAUUAUCCGGGAUAAAUCAAGCACAGUUGCCAAAGUUAGUUGAUAGGCAGACGUCUUAAUAGGUCGUAAUCGGAGUUAUGAUUGAAAUCCUGGUAACUACAAACUUGUGGGCCUUAUUCAGUGAAACAACCAUGAACAUUUGACAUCGACAACGAGAAAACCAAGUGGUAUGAUAUUUGGUAAAACUGGAACCACUAGCUUGCAACUGGUGGCCAGUGUUACGGGGGGGAGUAUGUUGCCGCUGGGAACACUGCUCUUCCUUUAAGCGGUACAGAACUUCGAGCGAUGACAGCGUCGGCGCGUGACAGUAGAUUAUUUGUGUGGAAAAGAGUAGCAAGAAGGUCUGAAACCAUGAUUAUUAGUUAUUCUAUUGAAAUUCAUUGAAUCAAUUGUUCUACUUAAAUCUAAUUGUUUGAUUAUUCUACCUUAAACUAAUUGGUGAAUGCCUAAAAUCUACGAACAUGCAAUGCUAAAGUUAAACUUAUCUAAAACAUAAAAUACUUGUUGCUUGGUAAGGCGAAAUCAUUGUUAACUAAGUAGAAGCACCGAAAGUGUAAGUAAAAUGAAUUAUUGUAUGCUAAUUGAAUAAAAAUGAAUAAACAUUUGCAGUUUAAAGCUGCACCUUACCGCAAACUUCAUGGCGACCCUUCGUGCUGCUGAGAACCCGGUGACGAACUGGAUUUCAUAACCCUUCCCCCGCUAACAA